AUGUCAACAAUGGCGUCCUCCAAACUUCUUUGCCUUUCUUUUUUUUUAGUCGUCGUUGCAGCUGCUUCUCCCAUGCUUCUUAAAUUCCACGACUUUUCUAACUCAGUCUGGGGUGAAAUUAGGUCCAAGAUGCAAACGGUAAACCCAUGGCUCUUGGCUCUGGGUUCUUUAUUGCUUGGGUACGUUUUGUGGAAACUUUGGAGAAUUUUAUUUUUGCCUUUAGAAAUGAAGCGACAACUCCAUGAAACUGGUUAUUUAUCCGAUGGAAAGCGACCAUUAAAAGAAAUAGCAAACGAAAUUCGAAAACGGAGGCAAUGUGGCGAUAUUCCACCUGUGUAUCCCAAUGGUUGGUUUCACGUCCUCGCGUCGCGCGAGCUGGCGGUCGGUGAGGUAAAGUACGUUUCCAUGCUAGGCGAGCAACUAGCAGUUUUCCGGGGAACUGAUGGUAAAGCGCAUAUUGUGAACGCUUAUUGCCCUCAUCUGGGAGCUAAUCUAGGAAUUGGAGGAAAGGUUGUGGGAAAUUGUCUGCAAUGUCCAUUCCAUGGUUGGACGUUCCGCGGCGAAGAUGGCAAGUGUAUCAAAAUCCCGUACAGUGACAAAGUGCCCGAUUUUGCAAAAACCAAGGCUUGGCCUUGUUUAGAGGUGAACUGUACAAUUUAUAUGUGGUAUCAUGCGGAAGGGACCGAGCCCACUUGGACACCGGAUAUAAUAGACGAGAUCAAAAGUGGGUCUUGGACGUAUCGAGGGUGUACACAACACAGUAUCAAUGCACACAUUGAGGUAACCUAUUUUUGUUUAUUCUUUUAGAUUUUUUUGUUUCAUCAAAUACAAAGUAACAGCUUUGGCAAAAGAAAGUUGAAAAGUGUAGUGGCGGGAGUGGCAAUUAUUUUUUUAAGCUUUAUUAAAGUGUUCCGCGUUCCAUGACGUUUACUGAGUUCGCGAGUACUGGAGAAAUGUCACGUAACUAAAAAAGUUUAAGAAUUAGAUAAGGCUUAGCGGGAUAUGUCGAGAACUCCUCAAGUUAAACAGCUUCCUUAUAUUUUUCUUGAACAAAAAUCCACAGGAUAGGCGAUUCUUUUAUUUCAUUUUUGUGCUCAGUCGAGUGUUUACAUAGCUGCAAUCUAUUUAUGCAACUGUUUGUGAAAUGUGCUUUAGUUAUAAAAAAGCUCUCUUUCCACAAUAGUCAUAUAGAUAUCGAACAUAUGAUAGUUAUAAGUGUACGUGGUGAUGUCAAAAUGCAAGAAUGUUUUAGAAAAUGAAAGAAAAACAAAACAGAAUCAAAGGAGAGUGUAAAUUGUUUAGAAGAAUCAUUAAUUGCCAUAGUAAUAAUAAAUUAUUAUUGCCUUGCUUGCUUGCCUGAGGCAAAUUUCACUGCACAAGAAUGAGCUUUUUCCUCACGUAUUCCGUGCUGAUGCUUUCAGUUUCUAUUCACUACUAACAGUGGCUGAUUUGUGGGAGUUUGAAAAAAAUUCUAACUUCCAUUUUGUGAAAAUUAUACAGAAAGGCCAAUGGAAGCAAAAUUAUAUAUGCAAAGUUCCAACUUAAAGGUUAUUACAAGAUUAAACUGAUCAAAUUUAUACAUAAAACUAUAAAGUUUUGUUGAGGGAUGCAACUAUCAUAUAACAUUUGAACUUAAAAUGAUUGACCGUGGAUGGCAUAAUUUUUACCAUGUAAUGUGUGGUUCAAUUUGAUUUGUAACCAUCCCGUCCCCCCUGGGCACGCCCCCAGGGAUUUUCAAUUUUUUUGUUUUUUGGAGGUCUAUUCCAUCCCCACCCCGGGCAAGCAGAAAGUGACAUUAUUUCCCGCCCUCGAUCUCCCGAUCAACUUCAUAUACGUCUUUUGGUCCCGGGGGGAGGAGGGGUACUUUAGGAAUUUCUGGGUGGGGAUGUGCUGCUGAGUCCCUGGAGACCUUAACCUAUAGCAGAACUAGUUCAGCUGAAUUUUGCUACCUUAUACUAGAGUAAACUCCUCAAAUCUCCCCUGUCCUAGAGUAGCUGUUUUCCAGAAACUACUGAGGUCACUAGCUCAGUCUAGCCAAAACAAAACCUUAUACCACAAUCCCUAGUCUAGAUAAAAUCUUCAACCAACUGAUCAGUUUCCUAAAAAAUGAUACCCUAUUCUAGACCCAAACGCUCUGAUUUAUAUACCCUAUCCUAGAGUAAACUGCUCGAAAACCAUACCCUUCACAGCGGCACAUACCCAUAUAGCCCAUAUAUGGCAGUACCCCCCCCCUCCCCCGGGCUUUUGGUACAUCUUUUUGAUCCUUACAAAAGUGAAACAACACGUUUUCACAACUUUUAUAAAAUUAAUGUUUCUCUGAGUUUAUUGAGCGAAGGAUAAUGGAUGUCAUAAUGUAGUUAAAACCUGAACAGUAAAUUUGAAAAUGGAAAAGGAAGAAAAAAAAGUCUUAAAAAACGCCUCCUUGAUAGAACACUUCAUAAAUUAACACUUUUUUUCCUUCUUCUUCUACUUUAUUAGUGUAUUCUUACCUUACUAUAUAUAAUGUUAAUAUUUUAUAAAGUGUGAAUGAUAAAAUUCAAUUGAAUUUCAUUGAACUGGACCGAUUCUCUGUUUCUCUCUAUAUAUCAAAAGCCUUGUAUUCGUUUUCACGUAAGUUUUCUUAUCAUUAUUUAAAGGGAGGCUGAAAAAUAUUUCUAAUUAUAUUAAUUUAUCACAUCUGUAAUUUCUAUUCAUUUUUCUUUGAUCAAGUUCAGAUAUUUUUCCCUGAGUGGGAGAGGGUGACCUGAGUAACAUGUUCUUAGUGUCAAUAAGUACAAGAAUUUUCUUGCUGCUUUGAGAACAUUGCUGCACUAAAAAUAUCACAAUUUUAUCAAUAUUUAUAAUGUUUUGCAAUAUUCUUUCAAGGAGGUUCCAGAGAACGGGUCAGAUAUCACCCAUCUAAACCACCUCCAUACCUCACCAGUUAUCACUGGAGCUGACCUGAGAUACAACUUUUUGGACUGGUGUCAGGUGGUUGCACAUCACAGCUGGUCAGCUCAGUGGGAACCACUUGAAGAUGAAAAGCAUGUUGGCCAACUGCAGUUAACACAUUCCUUUGUUUUGUUUGGAUAUAAAAUUCCAUCGCUAGACUUCCAUGUGACAGCUAGACAGGUAGGUGGUCAGUGUUGUCCUGCAGAAAUACCUGCACCUAGUUUUUUUAAUUUUUAAUUUUAACAGUUUUUACAAUGUUUUUUAAGAUUAAUUACUAAUUAAUUAAGUUAUACAAAUAUUUAACUAAUUUAAAGACUGACAUAAAAGAAAAACCAAAGUAAAGAUAACACCAACAACAAAAAGGAAAAAAAAAGCUAUAUUACAAAUGAAUACAAUAAGAAAAUAACAAACGAAAAAAAAAAACAAGCAACACUUACAUACAUUAAACAAAUACAUAUUUCUUACAAAGGCCAGGUGCCGAAAUUAUGAUGAUUACUACGGCCUUUGGGAUUUAGGACAACAGCAAGGAGAAAUAGAAUUUGAAUAUACUCUUCUUGCUCCUAAUAAAACAAAAACCCCACAAAGAUAACUAAUGCGGGUUAUAUAGGGUUGACCUCUAAAAAAGGAAAACAAAAAAGAAAAAGCUACAAGAGACAAUUUUUAGUAAGAGGGACAAGAACUAAAGUGUUAAAUAUAUUACACUAUUGUGACGCAGCCUAGUCUGUUCGGUGGCAUUGUGGACGUCCUUUCGGUAAUUUUGCUUUGGAGCUGUAAAGCAACAUUAUUUGAGAGCUCGACCCAAUCCCCUUGCACCUUAUGCCUCUUACAGGUUCUCAUUUUGUCUGCGAAAACAAAAGCUUUUUAAAAUUUGAGUUAUGAAUGGGUGAGUCCAACCAGUGCAUCACAUGUACGUUAUAAAGCUUUUUGUUUAAUCAUGAUACAUCCCUCUGCAAAUUCAUUCAUGUAUAUAGCCCUCAAGAACUGCACAAUUGUCUAAGAAUAUAUUACUGUUAGAACAAAAUAAAAAAUACAUAAUAUAUACAUAAUAAAUUGUAAUUAUUAUUUUUAUGAUUAUGAUUAUAAUUAUGAUUAUAUGAGUUGUUUUGAAUUUUUCCUUUAACUCUUUAUCUCUUCACCUAAUUAAUCUCUGUAAUUUUUUUUUUCUUUCUUAAAACUGUGUCCAUUUUUUCCUGUAUUUUUCAUUCCUUUUUUCUCUUUUCUUGUUAUCUCACAUUCAAUAAGUAUCUCAACAAAGAUAAAUGUAUUUUUUUUUCAAUGUAGGCUGGACCUGGCCUGGUUUUUUUGAAGUUUAAGAGUAUCUUUGGUGAUGGGAUCUUUCUUCAUUCCCUUACACCAAAGGAACCCCUUCUACAGACUAUGUGUCAUCAUAUCUAUGCUUCCUGGACAAUGCCUACUUUUCUGGCCAAGUUGUUGCUUUAUGUUGAAGCUAUUCAGGUAUAAACAAAAAGUUAUGUUAUUGUUUUAUUGAGGGGACAUUAGUUUUUGGCCUUAAAGUUUAUGAUGUAUAAAGAUUCAUUAUCGUCGUACUUCUCAUUAUUGUUAUAAAACUGAACGUUAAGUUUUUGAGAGAAACUAAGUUGUACAUGUGAAUUGUUCUUCAUUCAAUUGGGAAAAUUCCAGUUUAACUAGUCCAAAAAUGUUGGUUAAGUUGAGUUGAAAUAAGAAGUUUGGUGUUCAAAUUUAAAUAGAGUUGUCUUUAGAAUUAAAAUGGGUUACAUUUAACUGUAAAAAUUUAAGUUGAAUUAUGUCUUUGAGUUUAAAAGUGAAGAAGUUUAUUAUCAGUCUACAAAAAACUCCACAUUUUCUUUAAAUUUAUCACUAUUAGCAAUCUGUUAAAUUUGUAAACUCGGAUUUCAUUUUCAAUUUAUUGAUUCCUUUCAAAAAACUGUCUUUGGUAAAUUUAACAAAUAAUAAUAAAAUAUUAUUAGUUUUAUUUAUCAUAUGUUUGGAACUUCAAAUAGGUUGAACGUGACAUCAUGAUAUGGAACCACAAGACGUAUUUGUCAUCUCCACUUUUAGUGAAAGAAGAUCAGUUAAUUAAAAAGCAUCGACGAUGGUACUCACAAUUCUUCUCAGAGAACAGUCCACGCCUUUCCAUGAAGAAAGAGACAUUAGACUGGUGACAUCAAACUUUGAACUGGCAGCUGUUUCUAUUAAUUCUUGCCCUGUUUGUAAGCUUUUCAGUCAUCGACUUUACCGUGCGAGCAGAGCUUUUACUUUCGUCUUCUUAAUUAAGGUGAGGAGAAAAGAAGACUGAUGUGCCUGAAUUGCUUUUUAUUAGCCUUUGCCGGCUGAAGCCUGAACUUUUAGACUAGGCAAUCUGUUUUCUUUCUUCAAACCGGCUUUUUCGAUUGUUAGUAUCCGUUUAUUGAUAAGCCAGUGGUUCAAAAUAAUACAGGGUUUGUACAGGUCAUGAAAAACCUGGAAAGUCAUGAAAGUCAUGGAAUUUCAUUGUCACUCAUGGAAAGUCGUGGAAAAUUAAAGUUUUGUCUGGUAGAUAAGUUACUGUAGAUGCCAAAGGAACAACGAAGUAAAGUAGAGACAAGUCAUUAAACAGCGCAAACAGCACAUAUUUUGGUGGACACCAGAGUUUUGUGGAUGCUGAAGCGAUUUAGGUCGAAAACACCUUAACACAAGGAUAGGUUUGAAAAUUUUUGAAAUUGACAGCUAAAUCGUAAGGUCAUUAAAAAAGUCAUGGAAAGUUAUGGAAUUUGAAAAAGCUGAAAAGAGUAAGAACCCUGUUAUAACUAGGUCCAUUGUACCAAGCGCAUGGCUGUUAGGUCUGUGUUGGAAAGUAUGUACCAGGUCAUCUAGCAACAUGCAGUGCAUGCUCGACAAAGAUCUUACUUGAUUCAAGCAGAGUCCUCAUCAAUUAUGCCAAAAUCAAGAAAGCAAAAGAAAAGCUCUGUUGGCAGGGUAUCAUCCUACUUAUAUGAUAACAGUUUGUAGUAAAAUCCAGCUAGUGGUCUAUAACCAAUGCUGUUUUCUGAUUGGUUGAGCUACUAUGUAGCGAAAAGUGUCGGCUUUGAAAACAAAAACAAUGCCGGCGGCUGAAUGCGUUUUGCUACCUAAAGUUGUUUUGUCUCGAUAUUUUUGACCAACUGGUUGGAUUUUACGAAAACAAUUAUUCCUCUCGCUCGCAUGGCUCUGAGUCAAUAGCCCAUUCGGCCUUCGGCCUCUUGGGCUAUUGACUUAGAGCCCAUUCAGGCUCGAGAAAUAAUAAUUGUUAAAUAGUUCUAGCUGUAGUAAUGUUGCCUGGGAAGAGUAGCCUUGGGUCUAUUACUGGCACUCAUGAUCACUCAGGUCAGGAUGGGGACAGGCUCAUUUUCCAAACAGUGGCUGCAGGGUUUAAGGGUAGUAAUCUGAUCUGCUAUACACUGCAUGAUUUACUGCCUCAGACUGUUUUGAUUUCAACAUAAAAGGUUAAGUUUUUUAAGUGCUAACCAGGGCAAGAAUAGCCUUACAUUAAUGGCCUCUGAUUGUUUUUCUGAAAUAGAGACAUACAUGCAGCUGUAUUAUCUUCAAUCAAAAUAUUAAUCUCAACUAAGUGAGAAGAAUUUAGGUUAAAUUAGUAUUAAAAUAAUUCUUUAUAAAUAUUAAAUGCACAGUGUGGCGGGUUUUGAUGCUAAACAUUUUUUUAUUAUACUGUAUGCGAAUGCUGCAAAUAAACAUCUGCCAUAACUAUAAAUUUUAAAAAGUAGAGUAAAAUAAAAUAAAAGACAUAAUGCUCUUCCAGAAGAUAUUCAUACGAACGUUAACUCAACUUAUUCAUAAAUUAAUACAUUAUUAAGGAAGAAAAUCACAGAAUUUGUGGCUUUUAGUUGGUAUACAUUUACAACUAUUUGCAAUUUUUCAAUAGCCAUAAAUAGAGGUACAUUGCUGUAAAUGUGCAGCUUUAUCCAAGUCUUAAAAGUUCGCUACGUUAAGGUACAGGUAUCAGUUUUCAAAAACAAUGUCUUUUGUCCAAGUGGUAAAUCGACUACCAUUGCUCCAAAAGUGCCCUAAAUAUGGCAAAGUAUAGUCAAAGAAUAGAAGAUUUUAAACAUGUCCAAAACUUGGAAACGCUUAAUAGAAGGGAAAUUAACAGGACUAUUAGUUAAGAGUAACCCAGAUACAGAGGUGUCAG